UUUGGCUCUUGAAAGAGCAAUAAAUCUCAGCAUCUUCUUCUCUUUCUCUAGAAGCUUCUUUUCUGUUCUUUAUUCUCCUCUUUCAGCGCGAAUAGUUUUCGUUGUUCAAUUCCUUUGUCGUACUAAAAUUCGAAGCAUGAGUCGGACUCAAAAGUCGGCUCCCUCCACCCAAACCUUCAAAUUCCUCUACAGUUACGGCGGCAAAAUCCUUCCUCGGCGCUCUGACGGCAACCUCCGUCACAUCGGCGGCUUAACUAGAGUCCUCUCAGUUGAUCGCUCUAUUUCAUUUUCAGAGUUGAUGGUGAAAUUUGGAGAAUUAUGUAGAUCGUCUAUGAUAUUAAGAUGUAAACUGCCGACUGAGGAUUUGGAUGUUUUAGUAUCGAUUACCUGUGACGAGGACCUGGCGAAUGUGAUCGAAGAGUACGAUCGAGUUUCGGCAUUGACGAAUCAAGAGAUUAAGAUUAGAGCCUUAUUAUCUCCGAUUAAUUUGCAGAAGAAGAUCUCUCCUCCGUCUUCGCCUAUGUCUUCCCUCGAUUUUCCGACAUCGAACGUGAAGCCUCGUAAAGUCGGCCGUUUCUACUCACCUCCGGCGUAUUCGGCGGCGCAUAGAUGUUCCUCACCAGCUUUGGGUUAUCCGGUAGGGAUACCCAGUGACGGCCAGGAACUUCACUAUCCUUUUUAUGGACACGGAAGCAUUAGGCCUCUGUAUUACUUUGCUCCUCACCAUUACCAAUAGAUCAACAAAAAUACACAGAGAGAGAGAGAAGUUAUAAUAUUUUUCUUGGGAGAUAUCAGAGUUGUACAUGGACGAAAUGAAUCUCCUUCACACAGAAAAAGGACAGUAAAAAAAAUAUUACCUUGUUACAUAAAAAAUUUACGGAUUAACAAAAAGACAGAUUCAACUUUCCUGGUGCGUGAAUUAGAUUGUACAUUGUUUGAAAUUUUGCCGUUUAUUUAAUUUAGAGAUGGAUUUAAAAUUCGAGAUGAAGUUAUUAAAAUUCUGUGGAUUUUGAAAAUGA